AUGGCCGAGUUCAUUCGCUCUGAAAUCCUGGGGACCACAUUCGAGACAACCAGCAGAUACGCCAACUUGCAGCCUGUUGGCCUAGGCACUGCUGGUGUUGUCUGCUCUGCCUACGACUUGAUUUCCGAACAAGUCGUCGCGAUCAAGAAGAUGAUGAAGCCGUUCGAUAGCCUUUCGGUGGCCAAGCGGACAUACCGCGAAGUAAAGCUUUUGAGGCAUCUACGGCACGAUAACCUAAUCAACAUGUCCGAUAUCUUCAUCUCGCCUCUGGAGGAUGUUUACCUCGUCACCGAGCUCCUAGGAACAGACUUGCACCGCUUGCUCAAUGGAAAGCCCCUCGAAGCCAAAUUCGCCCAAUACUUUACAUAUCAGAUUCUGCGCGGACUGAAAUACAUACACUCAGCAGGCGUAAUCCACCGAGACCUCAAGCCGGGAAAUCUUCUCAUUAAUGAGAACUGCGAUCUCAAGAUCUGCGACUUUGGGCUGGCCCGCGUCCAGGAACCGCAGAUGACGGGCUAUGUUUCGACAAGGUACUACCGCGCGCCGGAGAUCAUGUUGACAUGGCAGCGAUAUGGGAACAAGGUUGAUCUGUGGAGUGUGGGCUGCAUUCUUGCGGAGAUGCUGCUGGGCCGGCCGCUGUUUCCAGGCACUGACCACAUUAACCAGUUCUGGCUGAUUACAGACCUGCUAGGAAAUCCUCCUGAUGAGUUGAUUGAUCGGAUCACAACAACUAACACUCGCCGAGUGGUGAAGUCCAUGGCCAAAAGGAAUCCGCGGCCGUUGAGGGAUAUUAUCCCCGGCGCGGAGGACGCAGCACUGAACCUUAUCGACAAUCUCCUCAUCUUCGACCCAGACCGACGCAUCUCUGCCGACCAGGGUCUCAAACACCCUUGGAUGGCCCCCUACCACGAUCCGACGGACGAACCCAUUGCAGCAGAGAAGUUCGAUUGGUCUUUCAAUGACGCCGAACUACCCCUAGAAACGUGGAAGAUUAUGAUCUAUACCGAAGUCCUCGACUUCUUCCAGCUCACUACAACCCCCGACCCCAUUGAGGAACAGAAUCAGCAAGCUCUCCCUGGUGCACAGGACCCACAGCUACAGUUGUCAAGCCUGUUGAAUUUAGGCGAAGGGGAACUUCUUCCAGAUCUAGCUGCGACAAUCGACCCUACUAAAUUCGCACCAGUAGAUUAUCUCGCAGAUGGGCUGCCGUAUGGCCCCACUCAAUUCUACCAAGGUUGA